AUGUUGAGUACUCUGGCUCGUACUUCGGGUCGUCUCAUUGGCAGACGUGCCUUGUCUUCGACCAUCAUGGACGCUCACGCUCAAGUCAUCGAUGAACAAAAGCCUAUGGACGAACAGAGUAAUCCAUCUUUCUUCAAGAUGGUUGAUUACUACUUCGACAAGGGAGCGGCUGUAAUUGAGCCGAAACUGGUGGAGGAGCUCAAGUCGAACUCGAUGAGCACCGUCGAUAAGAAGAAUCUCGUCAGUGGAAUCUUGAGAUCUAUCAAGCCUGUCAACAAGGUAGAUAAAUAA